GCCUCUUUAUGCCCCCACAGUAUGGCUGACAGGAGCAGUGCCCAGCGUCACACAUUUACAGCCCCAGGGCACAGUGCCACCCUCCUCCAUGGCCUGGCCAUGCUUCGUGCUCGUGAGCAGCUCUUGGAUGUGGUGCUGAUGGUAAACACAGCUAUGUUUCGGGUUCAUCGGGCCGUGCUGGCUGCUUGCAGCGAUUAUUUUCGGGCAAUGUUCACCGGGGGAAUGCGGGAAGCAGGCCAGGAUAUCAUUGAGUUGAAGGGUGUGUCUGCCAGGGGCCUGAAACACGUCAUUGAUUUUGCAUACAGUGCUGAGGUAACACUGGACCUUGACUGCAUUCAGGAUGUGCUGGGUGCAGCAGUCUUCCUGCAGAUUGUGCCUGUGGUGGAAUUGUGUGAGCAGUUCUUGAAGUCAGCUAUAAGUGUGGAGACUUGCCUUAACAUUGGGCAGAUGGCCACCACAUUCAGCCUGCCCUCUUUGAAAGAAUCAGUAGAUGUUUUUACCUUUGCUCACUUCCUGCAAAUUGCUGAGGAGGAGGAUUUCCUGCAGCUUCCCCUUGAAAGACUCAUCUUCUUUCUGAAGAGCAACAAGCUGCAAAAUUGCAGUGAGGUUGACCUGUUUCACGCUGCUAUCAGAUGGUUGCAGUAUGAUGAGUCUCGACGAGCCAGUGCCCAUCUGGUCUUGUGUCAUAUCCGCUUUCCCCUGAUGAAAUCCUCUGAACUAGUGGACAAUGUCCAGACACAGGCUGUGAUGGUGGAAGACCCUUUGUGUCGUCACUACCUGCUGGAGGCCUUCAACUACCAGAUCCUGCCAUUCCGCCAACAUGAGAUGCAGUCUGCUCGGACUAGAAUCCGAUCAGACACUGUCUCCCUUGUUGCCUUUGGUGGCACUCCAUACACUGACAAUGAUCGGACAGUCAGUCGCAAAGUCUUUGCUCUUGCUGAUGGGAAUACACGUCAGUUCAUGGAGAGACCAGAGAUGGAGAUAGGCUGCAGUCAUGCCUGCAUUGCUGUCUUGGAUAACUUUGUAUAUGUUGUGGGAGGUCAGCAUCUACAGUACAGGAGUGGUGAAGGAGCAGUCAGCUGGUGUUUCCGUUAUGAUCCCCAUCUCAAUCACUGGUUACGGAUUCGGUCCAUGCAGGAAGGUCGCAUUCAGUUCCAACUAGAUGUGCUGCAAGGAAUGUUAUUUGCCACUGGAGGCCGGAAUCGGUCCGGGAGCCUCUCCACAGUUGAGCGUUACUCUCCACGAAGAAAUGAAUGGACGAAUAUGUGUUGCUUGAAACGGCGGACUUGGGGACAUGCGGGAACGUCCAGUGGGGGCAAACUCUAUAUCUCUGGAGGCUAUGGCGUCACCAUUGAGGAUAAGAAAUCUCUUCUCUGCUACACUCCAGAAACUGACCUCUGGGAAUUCAAAACCCCAAUGAAUGAGCCACGGGUCCUUCACUCAAUGGUUGGAGCAAAUGGACGAAUUUAUGCAAUUGGUGGCCGCAUGGACCAUGUUGACCACUGUUUCGAUGUCUUGGCAGUUGAAUAUUACAUCCCCGAAACUGAUCAGUGGACCAGUGUCAGUCCAAUGAGGACUGGUCAGUCUGAAGCUGGCUGUUGUGUGUUGCAAAGAAAGAUUUAUGUGGUGGGGGGUUAUAACUGGCACUUGAACAACGUGACAAGUAUUGUGCAAGUUUAUAAUAUCGGCACAGAUGAGUGGGAGAGGGACCUACAUUUUCCGGAAUCAUUGGCAGGAGUUGCCUGCACGCCCCUUGUCCUCCCAUAGCUUGUAGAGCAAUGAUAGCAAAGACACUGCUGCAGGACAGAAUGGAGGAGCCAGAGGACCUUCAGUGUAACAAUUCAAGUAACCAUACAGUGACCUGUUUGAUUUGAAACCUAUUUAAUCUCAGCCAUUCAACAAUAUUCUGUAGAGAUGUAUUAAAAACCCAUGUUGAUGCCUAAAUCAAAUAUUUAAACUCUCCCCACGUGGCUUCAAAUAGUGAAAGCAAAAUGAAGCAUAUCAGAAUUACAGAUAAAAAACUCCAGCCUUCUAUCACCCUGCAUGCAAUGUUACCUUCCCUCCCCCAAAUUCCCUGCAAACCACUGAUCCUGUCAGGUUCGUUUUCGGAGACCCUCACGGACUUCAUGCAAUAACAAGACACUGACCUGUUUAGAAAAACACAAAUCCUUUUAUUACCAAGCAAGUACAAGCUGUGGAGAAUCACUGUACUCAACCCGGCACAGAGUGCAGAGUCUCGCAAGUAAUUCUUCCCGAGCAGCGGACAGUCCCCCCUUUUUAUACUUUACAAAAGACAUGAUACAUAAAACAAUUUCACAAUUUACAAUGACAUGAUACAUAAAACAAUUACUACAACAGACAAAGACAGGAUACCAAACAAUUGUUACAUCAAGAACAUAAAAGACCAAGAUGUAGUAUCGAUUGCUAGUGAAGUGGCUGCUAAUGGCAGAAGGCGAUUUCAAGUUGUUAUCAGGACAGAUUGUGAUUUCAAGUUGCCAGUGUGUCUGGCUAGAACAAGUCAGUGCCCUGGCCCCUUUGUCAGCGACAGAAGUUACAUGCCUUAGAGGUCUCUCACCUUUACAAAUGUUCCCCACCUAACCGUAUUUGAAACAGUUUAAUUUUAUUCAGUCAGGCAGCUUAAGACAGUGUCUGCAUACCGAUGUGUGGGAAGAUAAGAUACAAAAGUUUUACACUGAAUUCCUAGCUGGGCAGGAAGCUUCAGGGCAGUGCCUGCAUACCUAUGUGUACGUAAAUAAAAGACUUUAAUUUAUAGAAGUAUAGGAAUCAAUGGGAUGUUAUCACAUUAACAUCUCAGUCCCACACAUGUAAGCUGUUCUAACAGACCUGUUGCUGUGCAUGAUACAAGUUUCUUGACUUCAUUGUGCUAAAACUGGCAACAGUACAGCACGCUGAAAUACUGAGCAUUGGAAUCUUUUGUGAAGCCACACCCUCCAAAGAUCCAUGAGACGUUCAGUUCCAACAAUGAUUCCAUUGAAUGUGCAUUAAAAGUAGAGCUGGUUUUUCAUGCUCAGCAUGUGAUGAAUUCUUCAAAUCAGGAGAAUAGCAAAAUGUGGAUGAUGGAAAUUUGAAUUAAAAGCAAAAUUGCUGGAAAACCCACAAAGUCAGACAGCAUCUGUGGGGAGAGCAGUUAAGGUUUCAGUUUGAUUACCUUUCAUCAGAUAAGCACUGCCUCUCAAUCUUCCUUCAAUUAAUUUUGGAGUGAUUGAAUGUGCAACAUCACUGUAUUCCUAAAAGUUAUUUUUGCAUGAGGCCUCUGUGACGAUCAUUGGCCAAAGCACUAUCACUGCUUACAGCCAUCCUCUCUAGAAAAUGUGCUUGGACUCUAGCUGUUAUAACACACAUGAUUUAGAGGAAGGAAUUAAAUUUUAUAUUUCCACAUUUGUAGACAACACAAAGCUGGGUGAGUGAAGUGAGGAGGAUGCAAAAAUGUUUGUGUGAUUUGGACAAGUUGAGUGGGUAGACACACGUAUGGAAGAUGGGUAUAAUGUGGAUAAAAGUGAGCUUGUCCACUUUGGCAGCAAAAACAGGAAAGCAGAUUAUUACUUGAAUGAAUAGAUUAGGAAAGGGGUAGGUGCAAUAAGACCUGGGUGUCCUUGUACAUCAGCGGCAUGCAGGUGCAGCAGGGUGAAGAGGCCAGUGGUAUAUUUGCCUACAUAUUCAAAGGAAUCACGUACAGGAGCAGAUAAUAAAAUGUGAGGCUGGAUGAACACAGCAGGCCCAGCAGCAUCUCAGGAGCACAAAAGCUGACGUUUCGGGCCUAGACCCUUCAUCAGAGAGCUGUAUGUCUUGCCGAAACUGUGCAGGGCUUUAGCGAGACCACACCUGGAGAACUGUUUACAGUUUUGGUCGCCUUAUUUUACCAACUAAUGAAUUACCAUUUUUCCUGUGAUGUCACAAUUUGCUUUGUGCUAAGCUCCUGAUCCUGCACUUCAAUUUACCCUGUUAAAAUGACAACUAGUAAUGAGCCAAAAAAAGCAAGCACAAAGUACCUCUUCUCACGCUGCCUGCAAAGACCCUGAACUAUGUAUUCACUCAUACUGUAAUUCAUUCCAGACGUGAUCCUUCCUGUGCUUACUGAUUGUGCACUUUCAACAGAUGUCCUCUUAAAUAGGGCUGAGAUGACCAAUGCUAGUUAAGUAAUCAACACCUGUGAGGCUCUAAUCAAGCUUCAGUUGAUUGAUGAUUGUCCUUCAGUCAGCUGGUUAGUUACUUGUUGACCUUUUAACUAAACCUCUAAACUUUAAACUUUUAACUUUUAAAAUGGUGGAAGAAAAGAACGAUUUACUGGUCUCCCACACUGACUCCAAAGCCCUCAAAGUAUAUACUCAAGCUGUGUCUCACUCUGAAUUGAUCUGUUCCUCCUGACCCUGCGAAGCUCACUGAAUUCAGACAGAACUGGACAGUGUAAAUGCAGAAAGGAUGUUUCUGAGGACGGGGGAGUCCAGAAGCUGGGGGCCACAGAUUGAAGAUAUGGGGUAGGUCAUUUAGGACUGAGAAAUGUCUUCACCCAGAGAGCGGUGAAUCUGUGGAAUUCUCUGCAUAGAAAGUAGUUGAGUCUAAACCAGCUACUUAAGAGUAAACCUACAACAGAAGAGUGGGAGGUGUUUAACAAGGAAUUGGGGAAAGUACAGGCCUAACAUGGUCAGAUUAGAGUGAAAUGUAGGAGCAGUAAGCCCAGAGAAUCCUGCAUGUUAAGGAAUAUUCCAAAAUGGAUUAAAACGAAAGUAAAGGCAUAUAACAGGUACAAAGGGAACAAAUCAAUGGAGUUCCUAGUGGGCUGAGGUGGAGGAGAUCCUUAAGAAUUCAAUGGAGAGAGCAAAGAGGGAGAUCGGGGGAGAAAAAUUGCAGACAAGCUUUGGGAGAAUCCCAAGAUAUUCUACAAGUAUAUAAAGGGGAGGGAGUAAACAAGGGGAAAGUAGAGACCAAGGGGAAAAUUAGUAGUUGGAGCCAGCAGACAUUGGUAGUGUUAUGGACCAGACCAAAGUCAAAGUAUAUUCAGAAGAUGGUCUAGACCCUAACUUUUUGUUACCUUAAAGGUAAGUGUAAGGUGUUGCAUUCCAGAUUGGUCAAACUACUUGAUGUUAAGCAAACAAUUUUUACUUUUACACUACAGCUAAAAUACUGACAAAAUAAAAACAAAUAAAGGAAUUGGCUUAACUGUAACACUAUUGAAAUGCUUAACAAAAUAUUAGGUGUAUUAACUAAUACUAAUUAGCUGAUCCAAUAUAAUAACAUCCCAUAAACACACCCUCGGCAAAGGCUAAUUCAGUAAAAUAGAUGCACGCUCGUGCAAUUCUAACAGCAGGAAGAGAACCCCAGCUUUUAGCUGUAACAGAGAGAGGAAAAGCAGCUUCAAGAUCCCAGCAGCCACUACUGAAAAAGUAAAAUUAAAAAUCGUGUUUCUGUGGAAACUUGUCCCCAACCAUUCAGACUACUCAUAUAGUUCCAAAUUUUUAAAUAAAAAGUACCAAGGCGCCUCAAGCUGUUUAUUGGAUUCAAAUAGGCAGCUCAGGACCUCUGUCUUAAAAUGCCUCUUCAAAAAGAAAACAGGACAAAUACAUCUCUUAAAGCCAUAAUUUCAUCGCACCCCUCCCUUUAAAAAAAACCCAUCAAUAUACAAAGAUGGGUACAUUUUUAAAAAUCUUGAUUCUUAUGCUGUUUGUACACUACAAUAUAUAUACAUUACAUUGACUCUAACCAUGGAAGCAUUCACUACUACAGUCCAUUUCAGCCAGUUUGUCCUGUCACCGAAUGCCUCCAGCUUCCUUCACCAAAGUUGUGACAGCCUAUCAGCAAUUAUGUUCUCUCGUCCUAACAUGUAUAUAAUUUUCAAAUUGAAUGGCUGCAAUAAUAAGCUUCAUUUAAACAGUCUGGAAUUUUUGUCCUUAAAUUUCUCCAGAAACUUUAAGCGGUUGUAAUUAGCAUAUUCCAUUGACUCAGACACAUUACUGGCAACGUAAGUGUUGAAAUGUUGCAAUGCCAACAUCAAUCUCAAAGUCUCCUCCUCAAUCAUAGAAUAUUUCUGUUAAUGAUUAUUCAAUUUUCUUGAAAAGUACCCAAUACAUCUUUCUAUCUUCUCAUCUUGCAACAAAACAGCACUGACACCUACUUCAUUUGCAGUGAUGGCCACCCUUGAAUGGUUUUGCGUAAUUAAAUGUGGCUAACACAGCUUUCAGGCUGUUGAGUGCCUUCUGAUAGUCCUCCAUCCAUUGAAAUUUUCUGCACUUCUACAAGCCAAUCAAUGGAGCAACCACAUUGUAAACAUUUGGUACGAACUUCUGAUAAAAACCACUCCUUCCCAGGAAUUGUAGAACUUCCCUCUUCGUCGAUGAUAUGGGAAGCUCUUCAAUAACCUUUGUUUUCAUGUCGUGUGAGACCAUCUUUCCACUUACAAUGGCACAGCCCAGGAACGUGAUUUGGGCUUUCGCGAGCUCACUCUUAGCAAAGUUUAUCACUAACCCUGCACCCUAAAGUUGAUUGAAUAAUUUUGAUAGAUGCUUCAAAUGUGUCUUUCACGUAACUAAAAACCACCAGAUCGUUGAUGUACACUACAUCAUUUGGGUAAUCUCGAAAUGACUGUUGGUUAGUCUUUGAAAUGUGGCUGGCGCGUUUUUCAGACCAAAUAGCAUGACUUUAAACUGACUUUAAAUUUCCUUCACUCUUUUGGAUAAAAGUACCUGCCAGUGUCCUUCAAGAAAGUCCAGCUGAGAGGUAUAAGUUGCUUGUCCUACUUUCUUAAUAUAGUCUUGCAAAUGUGGAAUGGGAUAUGAAUUAGAUUUUGUAACUCCAUUGGCUUUGAGAAGGCCCACUUAUAAUUAUCGGACACCACCUGGUUUUGGCACCAUUACUAUGGGUGAGUUCCAUUCGUUGCACCUCAUUUGAAUUAUAUUGUCUCUGAGCAUGCUUUCAAAUCCUUUUUGAAUCAUUUCCAACUUUAGAGGGUUAUGUCUAUAAGGAUAGUGCUUAAUUGGAACACAUUUUGUACAUCUACAUUAUGUGCCAUUAGUACUUUCCCAGCUUAUUCCCACAUAUCUCCCCAUUUGAUUGUAAUAACUCUUGCUGGUCAUUUUGAUAUUCCUUUGGAAGUUAACUCUGUUUUAUCCUGAUUUUUAAGAACUUCCUCAUGUCUAAUUUAAUUUGAGGAACAUCCAAUUCAGAAUCCUGUGAACUUGGCUCUUCACUCUGUGUUGAAACCAGUAAUACAUUCUCCUUUUGCUUUCCUUCCCUAUCGAAAUAACUUUUGAACAUAUUCACAUGGUACACUGAGAGAUUUCUUUCUAUCUGGCAUUCUUAACACAUAAUUCACCUCACUCAAUUUCCUUUUGAUUUGAUAAGCUCCACUAAACCUUGCCUUUAAAGACUCACCUACCAUUGGAAGUAACGCUAAUACUUUAUCUCAACCAGCAAAAUGGCAUUUUUUUGAUUUUUUGCUUGCUUCCUGUUUUAUCGCAUGCUAUGUUACUUUCAAAUGCUGUCUAGCCAACUUAUCCAUUGUAUUUAAUUUUUGCUAAAAUUUGAUGCACAGUCCAAAUAUGUGGUCUCUGAACUCUGAUUCACCAAUUUCUCAUUAAUUUCAGUGGUCCUCUCACCUCAUGCACAAAAACUAAUGCAAAUUGAUCAAAUUUAAUUGAUUAAUUAGCAGCAUCCCUGAUUGCAAAAAGUACAAAUAGAGUUCCUUUAUCUCAGUCCUCUGGGAUUGGAUUGUUUUGAGUGUAAGCCUCAACAUGGUCUUUAAAGUUUGAUGCCACCAUUCUAAUUCUCGCUGAAUGGUACACGGUGGAUUUGAAAUGUUUUAUUUCAGAGCUAUCCAUAACUUGCUUGAAUAAUUUUGAUGUAAAAUUUGACCCUUGGACAGCAUAAUGUAAUGGCCACUGGAAAUCUAGUAGACACGUCCGUCACGGUCAACAAAUCACAGAAUCCCUACAGUGUGGAAGCAAGUUGUUUGGCUCAUCAAGUCCACACUGGCCUUCCAAAAAGCAUCCAAUCCAGAA